UUAUCAGGAUUUGAUCAGAAAACAUGACUGAAUGUCAAACGUUACUAACUGAAUCGUUGGGAUUAAGUAUUUCACAAAAAUCAUUAAUUACUGCUAUCGGCAAUCAAUCAUUUUUUAUUACGGAAAAUAGGAAAACACGCCUGCCGCAUGAAUUUCGGUUCAAAAAGGUACACGGCUUUACAUUUAGUCAGAAAUGUGAGUCAACAGGAGUGCUACUGCUCUAUGCAGAAAAUGAAUUCUGCUUAUUCAGAUAUGACAAUACCGAAAAUGAAAUCUUUAAAUUGAUUUACGAGGGCGAGACAAAGGAUUGGAUUAAUGCAGCCAUAUUUUUAAAGGACGAGAUAGGUUGUCAAUUUGUGUUGCACAUGGCCCACAGUGCACUUCUGCGCUUGCAAUAUAAUGACUUGAAUAAUGGGUCUUUCGGAGAUUGCAGCAUAUUAGAGCUAGCUUGCUGCACCGACUAUUCAAUGCUCUACCACACGAGCUUGUGUGGUAACUGCUAUAAUGAGCUUAUUAUAUUAAGCGGGAAUUGUUGUGGGGAAAUAAUCAUAUGGCAGCCGCAUGAUUCUGUUGAUUUGAAUACAACUACUUGCACCAAAACGUAUCCCCUUUGCUUGCGUCUUAAGGCGCAUAAUGGUGUUAUAUUUUCUAUUGACUUGAACUUAGCAGCUCGCUUGCUGGUAACUACAUCAGACGACCGCUCUUUAAAGUUUUGGCAACUUGAAAGUGAGUCGAUUAGAGAUUGGAAAUACGACGCAGGAUCAGUGAGGCCAUUGUUCAGCUGCUUUGGCCACACUGCGCGAGUUAUUUGUGCGACCAUUGCAGAGUAUGAUGGCCAAGUUUAUGUUAUAAGUGGAGGUGAGGAUUCACAUAUAUGCGUAUGGAGUCAAUCAGGUGAAAUGCUUUUUAAGCGACGUCAACAGUUUGGCUCACCAAUAUGGCGCUUGAGUUUCGAUCAUAUUACGACAACACUUUAUUGCACAGGCUCGACGGGAAACGUUCUUGCUUAUAACCUGAAAAGCAUUCUUAAUGCAAGGCAAUCCCAAUCAACCCAAUUGAUACCAUUCGAUUCAGAAACGGAAUUUAUGAAAAAUAUUAAAUAUCUAAAUAGCAGUGCAAUAAUUGCUUUGAGCAGCAGAAAUCGCUUGUUUUUGAUGAAACAACAACAAUCAAAAUCACAUAACAUUGGCAAUUGGGAAUUAGUUCCUGAUUUCCCCAAAUACAAAUGCACAUUAUUGGCAGUGUGCGAUGGAAUGAUUGCCACUUGUGGCUAUAAACGGGUAACACUUCUAAAAUAUACAGAGAAGACUGAACAAUUUGAUCAACUAUAUGAUGGUACAAAGCUUGAAGGCCUCAUUCAGUCAUUUCAUUUUCUUAGCAAAGAUCUGUAUCUUAUGUCUGAUGAAUAUGGUAAUUGUAUUCUGUUAAAGGGACAGAACAUGGACGUUGAAGGACAUAUGAAAAUCAGUAAUUGCCGUGAACCCUGGAUAACAAUGGCACUGCUUGUAUCGCCUACCUGUUUGUUGCUAAGCAUUCGGAAUGGAAAUAUUAUGCUAUAUUCACGGGAAGCACAUUCACAAUUACAACUAAAGAAUACAAUUAAGCGCUUGCAUGGACCAAUGGGAUCGAAUGUCCUUCAAUUGUUAAAGACUGAUGAAAAAUACGCAUACAUACUUAGUGCUGGACACGAACCUGUUAUAAAAUAUUUGCGUUUAUGUUUUACAAAUUACGAUUUAACUGUUGACCAGCGUGAGUGCGUCCCGUUGUCUUGGAUAGAAGCAUUACCGAAAUCAGAUGUGUUGAUUGGCUUUAAUGACAAUCAUCUUGUGGCUUGGUCCCGUAAAAAUGACGUCCUUUUUCAGUUGCAGUGUGGUGGGGGCCACCGAUGCUGGGAUUAUCAGCUAAACAAUGAACAACUUGAUAUUAUUUAUGUAAAGCAAAAGCAUGUUUUUCAUCACCGUGCGAUACUGGACAAUAAUCGGUCUGGGUAUUCGUUGCAAGCAUUUCAAAAUUGUUGGCACAUGCGAAGUUGCAAUAUCAUGCAAUUACUUAAACGGACUAAUGAUGAUGAUGACCAGACAUAUAUUGUAUCUGCCGGCGAUGAUAAUAUUAUUAAAAUUAGCCAGUUUACAAAUCAAUCGUUCAAUCAGUGUACCGAGCUGCACACGCAUAUUUCAAGCGUAAGACACCUGACGUCAUAUCCCAUCAAAUUAGAAAACGGUGUUAGUCAUUGGCUUCUCUUUUCAGUAGGAGGUCGAUCACAGCUGUGCAUCAAUCAACUGGAUCCAAGUGGUCCAGUCGUUCGUGAACUGUGCACGCACACAAUACGAACGAAUAUCGACGGGAAAAAAUCUUUAGUCGAUGCCCGACUGAUGUCAAUUUCCAUUUUACGACAUGCUGAGACUGGAGAUUUCCAUCUUUAUGUUGCCAGCGCUGAUGGAAAAAUAAUUAUGCUCCGCUGGCAGUUAGAAAAUCCUUCACAAGUGUACUUAAUUCGCUUUAUUGAUAUAAAACGGUGUCCGCUUCAGUUAAAGAUUUUAAUGAAUACAAAUUUAUUGCUAAUCACAACCACAAAUGGAAUGCUUUAUGGAUUUGAUCAGACUCUCAGCUUGAAGCGGCUAGAGCUCAAGUUGCACUCUGCUGGCAUUAAUGCUUUAGAAACGCUAGAUGAUGGAUUCAUUUUACACGUUUUGACCAGCGGCGACGAUGAAAUCAUAAAGCACACCACACUCAAUAUGUCCAACAUGACUGUACAAAGAAGUACGGAAUUCCCUGGCCUACAUAAUGCUCAGAUUAAUGCGUUGAUUCUCCAUUCGACUAAAGGCGUCGGACGAGCUGUUGAACUAUAUGCCUACACAUGUAGUAUCGAUAAGCAAAUAUAUAUGGUGAAUUUAACAACUUUGCAAUACACUCGGAUCGGGUAUACUUGCAUUUCUGAUAUCAAAGGACUGCUUUUAGAUAAAAAUCGAUAUUUAUAUAUUUACGGCUGUGGGCUCCAGGUAAUCACACUGGAAAAUAAAUAAUUGUUUUUCGCAAAUAUUACAA